ACUACCACAGCUCAGUGCGGUCUGAACUCAGAUCCUAACGCAGCCCAGUUCUGGGUCCCCCUCUCCUCUAAGCCAGCUGGUCUGGCUUAAACACUUUUUUCCUGCUUUCUUUUUUUAAAGUCUUUUCUUGUUUGAUACAAGGGAUCGACUGAGAGAAACCCCACAGCUGGAGCUGCUGGGGAACCUUCCAGGUGAAGACGGGACGGAAAGCACAGGUGCUGACAAGUCUGAAGAGGCGCUUGCUCCAGGAGACUCACGGAUGGACUGAACCGCUGGACGGAGACCCGCAGGAAGAGGAAAGUGACGGAGAGGAUUCAGCAGAUUGAGACUGAAAAGUGAGAAACUGCGAGCGGAGCGGAAAGUCGACAGAAGAAGAAAAAAGAGCAAAAGACAAAAUCGCCGAGAUGGGGAGAAAAAAGAUUCAGAUCGCUCGGAUCAUGGACGAACGAAACAGACACGUGACGUUCACUAAGCGUAAGUUCGGCCUGAUGAAGAAGGCGUACGAGCUGAGCGUGCUGUGCGACUGCGAGAUCGCCCUCAUCAUCUUCAACAGCACCAACAAGCUGUUCCAGUACGCCAGCACCGACAUGGACAAAGUCCUGCUCAAGUACACCGAGUACAACGAGCCGCACGAGAGCCGGACCAACUCGGACAUCGUGGAUACUCUGCGUAAGAAAGGUUUAAAUGGCUGCGACAGUCCCGACAUCGAGGCUGACGACUCGGCCGGUCAGAGCCCCGAGUCCGACGACAAAUACCGAAAAAUUAACGAGGACAUCGACCUGAUGAUCAACAGACAGAGACUCUGCCAGGGUCUGCCUCCCUCUAACUACGACAUGGGGGUCUCCCUCUCCGGUGGAAACCCCGGCGGCCUGCUGUACUCUCACCCCGCCGUCGGCUGCGGCCUCACCAACCACAACCUGCUGCCCGUCUCCCACACACACCAGACCCUGCAGAGGAACAGCAUGUCCCCCCAGAGACCCUCCAGCGGGGGCAACGCAGGACUGAUGGGGUCAGAGCUGCCCGGCUCGGUGGUCUCCAGCGUCGUGAACGGCAGCUACAGCACUCCUGGCCUCCUCUCUCCCGGAGGAGUCUCCAAGAACCUGCAGGAGAAGAGUCCGCCUCACAUGAACCUGAGCCGCAAACCCGACCUGAGGACCCUGAUGCCCCCCUCCAACAAGUGCAGCAACAUGCCCGCCAUCAACCAGAGAAUAAACCACUCUCAGACGGCUCAGACUCUGUCCACUCCGGCCCUCUCCGCUCAGACUCUGCCGGGUCAGGGGAUGGGGGGGUAUCCGUCCUCGCUCUCCUCCUACGGCACAGAGUUCUCCCUGGGUGGAGACCUGUCCUCUCUGUCUGGGUUUGGAGGUUCUGGUCUGGGAUCCAUGACGAGCUGGCAGCAGAUCCAGAACCUGCAGCACUCGGCACUCGAACACAUGGGGAACUUGUGUCAGAACUCGAACCUGGACUUCACUCCUCAGCACCUCCACAUCAAGUCCGAGCCCGCCUCCCCUCCCAGAGACCGGAGCAUGAUGGGGGCGGGACUCGGAGGACUGGGAGGAGGCGUGUCCACGGCCAGUUACUCCUCCGCCGCGGGCCGGGGUCCCAACGAGCCCGGCCGCUCUCCCGGCGACAGCGCGGCGUCCAGCUGCGGGAGCUCGUACGAGGGCAGCGAGGAACGCGACGAUCAUCACCACGGCAACGACAACUACCUGCACCGGCCCAUGUCCAGUCAGGACGAGCGGCACAGCCCGUCGGUGAAGAGGAUGAGGCUAUCAGAGGGGUGGGCCACAUGAUGGGAGGGGCCUGCAGCCAGAGGGGGAGGGGCUUAGCAAAGUUACCUUAUAGUGUUAUUAUUAUUAUAAUUAUCAUAUUCUUCUGUACCGAGUGGGUGUGCUAAACGUGUAACAUGUACGUGAGAGGGGCAGACGGUCAUCAUCGUGUACUGAAGGUCGACCACACGAGGACGCCUGACAGGCGAAGGUCAGGGUUCACUAAUCAACUGCUGACGAGUGACAAAACAAAGAAUACAAAUAUUAAUCAGCAGUUUUUUUCUAACAACAGAGAAACAUUAAAAUCAAACAAAUGCUAAAAAAUACAAAAUAUGACAGCCAAUCAGAGACAAGGAUCUACCCGACGCCUACAACGGUCUUCUAACUGAAAUAUUUGUCAAAUUUUCCACAACUAAAGUUUUAAAGUAUGUGACAUCAUUCAGUAUGUCCCAGCUGCAGAGUUGAUUUAAAAACAGAAAGUCUGCAGAAAACAAACAUUUAAAUCGGAUGAUCUGACGUUUCCAGGAAGCUCAUGGUGCGCUCCUUUAACCUCUGAUCUCAGAGCUGGGAAUGACGUCACACUCGAGGUUAACCGCGUUCCAGUUGCGAGUUGGCAACAAGCAACAUGGACGCACGUCGUGAUAGUUUGUGCUCAAUAAUAUGACAACAUGUUUACAGAUAGAACGUUACUGUUGAUGCACGGAGCAGCCAUGUUGGAUUUUAACUCGGGGCUUCUGAAGGUUCUACAAGUUCCUGAGUCUGAAUUCCUGAUGACGUAUCAGACCGGCAACUCAGAAUUUCUGACUUCUGAGCUCAACUGGAACGCAGAUUUAAAGUCUUUCUAUGUGAUUUUUCACACUUAAAUAUAUAAAUCAAGUAUAUCCUCUGAAAAUAACUCUGUGAGUCAUGACUGUCUACAAUGGGUGUAACACCCGAGUCCCACUGUCUGUGAUGUUUUCAGAGUUUUCAGAGUCCUAUCUUCACUUUGUUUACAUCGCCCGGACGGCCGGCUGACUCCUCCCCUCGUGUAUAAAAGUAGUUUAAUUGAGGGACUAGAGAAAAGAAGAAUAACAUACUGUACUCACUGCUUAACUGUGUUUCUAGAUCACGCUCAUUUCAGGUAAAUUUACAUGCAGUGUGAAGAUACGAGCAGAAUAAAGAUCACUAGCAUUAGCAUGCUAACACAACAAUGCAGCGCGAGUUGUUCUGGUGCUCAACGGCGACAUCUGCUGGAUCAAAAAAUCGCAUAUAAAGCCUUUAAUGUUUGUAAAAGCUUCAAAUUAUAAAUGUAGUUUUCAUCUGAAGAGUUCAUCGGGAAGAAUGAUAAAAAAAAAAAAAGUUCCUGUUUACAUAUUUUACAGGCAAAAAAAAGUGACCACAAGUAGGAAACAGACGAAUGUCUAACAUUUAAAUGUGUGUUAUGAUUUGCAUCCGAGCGCCACCAGAGCUUCAUAGUUUGAAAAUCGUUUUCUGUAAAAGAGCACGACGCUUCUCAAAGAAAUAAAUAACUGAAUCUUAUUCCCAGGAAUUAAACCGAGCGAGCUGACGCAGCUUUCCGUCAGAAGCGUUUGAAACGUCGUGAGGGAUUUGGACUUUGUCACUCAGCAGCAGUUUUGAUGAGUCGGCGUCCUCUGAGGCGAAACGUGUUCGUACACAGCCCGGGAGUUCGUACGUGUUCUGCUUGUUGUGUGUGUGUGUGUUGAGGGGGCCGGGGGAAAUCUACGUAAAUAACCGAUAUGUUCCAUGCACACUCUGCAUGUGCACACAUGUAUGCAAACGAACACAAAGUGAAGAAGAAGUCUGGUACUCUGAACGUGAAGCUCCUGCUGAAAUCAAACGUGACGCACGAGAGCGGGCGAGGCGCUCCGUCCACGCCGUGUUGCAGGAUCAACAUUUUUUAUAACACUUUUAGCACAAUUAAACAUGAAUGUAUGGAAGGCAAAGAGGGUCAAAAAUCAGGUAGAAAGAUGAAGAGGAAGUACGGUGAGAGGAGGAAGAGGAGGAGGGAUGAAGAAGAAGAAGAUGGCGAGAGAGGAAAGAGGUUUCAGAGUGAGCGGCGCAGAAGUGAUUUUAAAAAUAAGUGUUCAGAGACAUGUACCGAAUAUUAACUAGACAAAAAAUGUAUGGAAGCAGAGAGAGGACAAAAUUCUUUCCUUUCUUUUUUAAAUUACAGAGAAAAACGUUGAGAGAAUAUUUAGCAAAUGCAGCGAGAUAACCGGCAGUGAAGAACGAUUUGAAACUACAGAAACACGUGACGCGUCUUAAACCGCAUGAUUUCUAGAUCUGCCAGAAAGAGACGGGAGCACACUGGUCGUACUACACCUCCCAGAAUGCACUGCAGCUCUCACACUAUCAAAUGUCAAAGCUAGCUAGCCAGCCAACGACAGUCGUACAAAAAAAGUAACCGUACUGUGAGGUUUUGUAUUUCAGCAAUUUAUAUUAAAAUACAAAAGUAGCUGAAUUCUAUUUACGGGCUGAUGGUCAGCCAUCUUUGCACGAGCUUCUCCAGCAUAGCCCGGACAAGAAAUAUGUCGCGUGAGCCGCCGUUUAGUUUGAAGCUAACGGCAUACUCGAAGUUCUGAAGAAUUUUGGUCUUUUUUUGCUUCCAUACAAUUAAAGAACGUGCGUUAUUUUCCUCUCAAAUGUUCAAAACUUCUGUGGUUUCAAACAAACUGAAGAGAGAGAGAGAGAGAGGGAGAGAGAGAGAGAGAGAGAGGUUGAGCAUGUACGCAUGUGCUGAAGGCUUCGCAGGAUUCGUCCAGAGUGGCGUUCGCACUCUUUAAAGCCAUAUCCAACAGGACAGAGAUGCUUUGCUGCACAGAGUUUAUAGUGUUUGUGUUUUUUUUUUAACUCCUUAUUGUAUCAAAUUGAUAUUGUCGGAUAUUGUCUGCAGCUCUAUUUAAAUAAAAU